AUGAGCCCGACAUCCGAAGAAGCAUCGGAGCUGGAUAUAUCAUCGAGCUCGCCCGACUUCAAGUCCUGGUCUCGAAGCAGCAGCAUCACCAGCAGACACACCAACAUCACUGAAGUCAACGGCCCCCUCGAGGACGCCGAGUUCACAUUCCAAGACAUCCUGUCUUCUUUCUCAUCAUCCCGCACCACUCAGAAGUCGUGUUCUUCCCGCACGCCACCAACAAUGUCUUCGUCACGUUCCGGCCGUUCAGGAGGUUCAUCCAGCCACCGCAGCUCCAAGAGUAGCAAGAAGCCAAGGGCGGUCCAACGCUCCGUUCAGCAGCUCAUCGAGUCGCUCGAAACCCACCGGGUAAACACCCUUACAGAGCUCUGCCGGAUCGAGCGCGUGGCCGCCACCUGCGAGAACGAAGAGGACGCCGUCGCCUUCCAGGGCCCCAUGACGGCGGCCUGGGACUACUACGUCAACAGCAACCAGCUCCUGAGCGAGCUGCGCGGGAUGACGCGCAGCUACCCGAUCUGCAGCGACAUCCUCUACGACGCCCACGUCCGCGUGCGCAGCGACCCGAACUCGAACAAGAGCUGGAACCUGGCGUGGCUCUGCUUGACCAAGAUCCAGGAAGAUGGCCUAGUUGACGGAUACGCCGGCGUCGAGGCCGUGAAGCCUGAGAUGUGGGGAGGCCGCGAGCCCUCGGCGGAGGAGGCGGAACAGCUCAAGGCGUGCUUCGUGUACGAAUGGAACAAGGCCUUGAGUGCCAUGCUCAGGCACUGGGCCGUCGAUCCGGUCUGGUACUAG